CCCACAGAAACGGGCAAAGUGCAUCUUGUAGGUUAAGAAAACCGCGCAAGUUCAUCUGAGCUGUCACUCUUCCUCCUUUGGUCUUGUUUCAGUUGGUUAAACCAGCCUAUUGCUGGUGGGGGGAGAAAACCUGGUGGAUGCGCUCCCUAUUUAGAUCUGCCUUGAGAGAAAGCGUUGGAAAUGUUGGUGUCUAUGAGUUAUCGGCAGUGAGUAAUGGGUUUAAAUUGGAUUUGAGUGAGCAGCGAAUGACUACACCAUCUGGAUACACCAAGAGGACUUUGUCAACUUGGCAUCACUCAAAAACUUCCUACUUGCUGUGUAUGAAUGUCAUCUAAGAUUUCAGUGACGGAGAAAUGAGGGCAACUUAUUUUGCACUUAGCUUCUCUAGUCAGUUAGUUUUCCCUGCUUGGAUCUUUCACACAGACAGAAGCAUGUUAACACCAAAAUAACACUUGAUAUUCACAAGAGGGUAAAAAUAACAAUGAUAUGAAAAAUCACAGAGGGCAAUAACAGUAUCUGAAACUAUUCAUCUUUCUUUUUCUGAACUCUAGUUCAUUUGAUUCUGUUCUUUUAGUUUUGUGUAGCCCAUUGAGAACAGACAUGUAAAGAUCUCUCAUCUUACAAUUGAUUGGUAGCUUCUGUUUUUUCAUUAUUCCGUGCUUUUGGAGACUGUCCUUCUUUUGCUUGACAAAGCAUUUUCCCCACCUCCUCAGAAAUUUCAGUUCAUUUGUUGGAUACUCAAUAAAUACUGUUUUUAUUUCCUGAACCUUGAUCAGGAGAUGCCCCUUGCUUUGCAUAUAUUAGAUUUUUUGGAAAACUUGAAGAUGGGAAUAUUUGUUCAGGUUUUUAAUUAACCUUGAUCUUGGGAUGAAUCUUUAUAAAUGACCCCUCAUCUUACAUCUUGACAGCACUUUGCUCAGGAAGAGGUUUCCCCACUGUUGUUUGUGGGUUGUUUUUUUGUUCUUUGUUUUUUUGUUUUUUGAAAUGGUAGGGCUAGGAAACAGCUGCCGAGGGAUGAAGUCUCCACCUCUUCUCAUAGCUGCACUCGUGGCAUGCAUCAUUGUUUUGGGCUUCAAUUACUGGACUGCAAGUUCUCGCAGUGUGGAUUUGCAGAAUUGGAUCAUGGAACUAGAAGGCAGAGUCCACAGGGCAGCAGCGGAGAGAGGUGCAGUUGAGCUCAAAAAGAAUGAAUUCCAAGGAGAACUAGAGAAGCAACGACAGCAGAUUGAUAAAAUCCAAUCCUUGCACAGUUUUCAGAUGGAAAAUGCCAACAGACUACAUCGGGAAGAGAAGGCCUCACUGAUGAAUAACAUCACAACAAAUGAGCGAUUGAUACAGAGUCUACAAGAACACUUGAAAUAUUUACAGACAGAACAUGGAAAGCUACAGCUGGAUGUUUACUGGUUUCAGAAGAACCAGACUAACCUUCAGAGGAAGUUCUCAUAUGACCUGUCACAAUGCAUCAAUCAGAUGAAAGAAUUAAAAGAACAAUGUGAAGAAAGGAUAAAUGAGCUCACAAAAAAAGGCAGUGAUGUACCACAGAUCAAAGAAAACAGAGACUUCUCAGAAGAUUCCAACAAGAAUCUCCAGGUUAAUGUUCAACUGCCUGCCUUUAAGCAAGUGGAGUUCCAGCAGGCUGGCUUGGAACAGCAGAAAGCCAAUGAAGAUGUACCCAGAGUAGUACCUAUAGCAAAAAGGACAGAGUCUCCUCAGGCUAAAGAAAGAAUAAAUGGCCUUAUUGCCAUUAGAAAACAGGAGCCUAAAGCAGAGGAGGAGAGGCUUUCUAGUGAACUGAAACACCUGCAGGAUUCACUCAAGGCUGCCACAGGUCCUCAGGAGAUGCCACCUGAGUCAGAGAAAGGACUGAAUCUGUACAAAGAUGCAAAACAUGUAGCUGGGCAAGAGGCUGUAGAGCCAGCAGCAGAGCAGGCUGCCAAUGAGGAGGUGGAGCGGGAGCAGCUCUUAAAUUACGACACUCGGCAGGAUGACCCACGUCCUGGAAAGGAUGACAAACAGGGACAUGAAGCACUGAACCAGGACAAAGAUGUUGACUACAAUUUAGAUGAGAAUGAAGCUGAAUCUGAAACAGACAAGCAAGCAGCACUUGCAGGCAUUGAAAAUAACUUGCAUGUUCAAAACCAUGAAGAUAAUAUGAAGAACCACUUAUUUGAUCAAGUAGAAGAACAACAGAGGUUGUGAACAAGGGAGGUUCACGAUGACUUAGUCAUCUCUUCAUAUAAAUGCAGCAAUGAUGACAGCCAAGUGAUUUGAGAAUGUUUUGAUUAUCUUCUCAAGGCUUUAACAAGGACCCAAAUGAAGUUGUUUGUUUGUUGUGAAGUUUUAGUACUGUUUCAGUGGUGAAAACUAUCUUAAAUCUCUGGAGGCUUGUUUUAAAGCAGACUGACCUCUGUAAUGACUCUUUCCUUCCUCCUGAUUAUAAAAUUGAAACUAGCUAGCAAUAACUGUAGUAACUUUGAAGUCAACUACCUUGUACAAUCAUACUAUGAUAACCAUUUGUGUGGAUUGGUGGUAG